UUGAGAUUCAGAAGCAUUACAAAAUGAAAAACAGAGUCGGCUGCAGAAAUAUCACUUGCGUAGGAGCGGCGAAGCAGAAGAGAAAGAACCAGAGGAUCUAGGGUUUCCCCCGGGAUCCCUCUGGCAUGUCACCCGGACGUCGAUCAAUCAUCGAUCACGAUCAGCUUCCCGCUUCGCCGAUUGCGCCGAUGGUGUCGUCCCUUAGGGCUUCGAUCUCGGAGGGAGGAAGGACGAGCCCGAAUUCCGGAAUCGUCUCCGAUUGAGAUCGGAGAAGGAAAAACCCUAAAUCGAUCGAUCGAUAGAUAAUCACGUCGCGAUUGCUUCGCUUCGAUCGCGUGCUCGCGCCGAGAAUCGGAGCAGGGGAAAAAGGAGUUGUCUUUUUUUAAAGAGAGACUCGGUAACAUGCGGGGAUCGCUCAAAUGGAAAAGGGUUUCUUGGGCUUCGGACGUUAAUCUUUGUCAGGUGAAGCUGUUCCUUUCAGAUGAAGCUCCUGUCCAAGUUGGGGUUAGUGCUCAAGACCACCUUCAGGCCAAGACCUCGUGGCUUUUGCAUUCAACUGGAGUCGGCUCUGAUGAUGCUCUACCUCCUGGUUUUGAAGCAGCCCAUCCUUCCAAUAAGCUACAGAUUAAGGUGUCUGAAAUCCCUCUAAGCAAAUGGAAGUGUCCUCCACGAUUCUUGCUUACUGCCGAAUGGCAAGUAGUUGCUGGGGAGGAAAGCAAAGAGGUUGAUGUUCAAAAUCAGAGGGAGAUGAGAGUGCUAGAAGCAGUUUAUCCUCGUCCAUCUGCCAUUCCUCAAAAUCCUGUGGCUUCAUCAGACUUGCAUGAUUUUGAUCAGAAUGGUUCAAAAAUUCCGUUAGUGCCAAUUACUCCCAUUGAAGAUGAAGAGAUACCGGGAGAUGCAUCAUCCGACGUUGUUCCCCAACUUGGUGUUCCCGUCACAUCACAUCCAUCAUUACUGGUUUCUGGAGUUAGUCAUCCACUUCAGACCACAGGGCCUGUUGUUGCAAACACUGCCACCAAUCAGAACCUUACCGCUAGUACAUUGCAUGGUGUAGAACCUGAUGUGGCGGCAGCUGCAUCAGCUGCCUUCACUGCACUAAUGAAGAGCAACGAGCACGGGAACAUGAUUGACCAGGAGUUACUGAUUCAGAUACUGAGUGACCCCAAAAUGAUCGAAAAGUUGGUCAAAGAUUACGGGACCAUCACCGAAGCACAGAUCCCAACAAACACGUGGGGAGGAUCAGCAGUAGGUCUCUCAAAUCCUCCUAGCUUUGUCAGUAGUGUAGAAACUGGAAUGCCUUCGGUAGCUACUUCUUCAAGCGGGCUCUCAUACUCUCACACAAGUGGGCCGUCGUUGUACUCUCAUCCUACUGGUGUCAGAAUGGGACCGCCGCCGACUGCACCGCUUCCUCCCCAAACGGUCAUGCAAGCUGCUACUUCCUCCACCAUCAGGCCAGCCACACCAGCAAAAGAUGUCAAUUAUUUCAAGAGCUUGAUUCAGCAACAUGGAGGAGAAAGACGAGAGACUCCCCAACAGUAUGGUGGCCCUUACGGCCACCAACCGUUGACAAUUCAGGAACCCGCCAGUAAUCCUAAAUUAAGAGAAUCAAAGGGUAAAAUAAUGAAGCCUUGUAUAUAUUUCAAUAGUUCAAGGGGGUGUAGAAAUGGGGCCAAUUGUGCGUAUCAGCAUGAUAUACCGCUCCAGCCACGCAGCAGUGGCAUGGCGGAGGCGCAAAAUGGGAAAAGAAUGAAACUUGACAGGGAGAUCACAGGUACCUAAGAGGAGAACAUGCUUGUGCAGAAACGUUCCUGCAUGUACAUUUUUCCUGAUGGCAGGGCCAAUUGCGGCCCCAUUUUCUGCUUAUGUUGCUUGCCUUACAAGGCAAAAUACUGUCUCCAGCAAUUUUUGAUAUUUUUCAAUACAAUCGGAUUCAGCUUCGAAAAGCUUGUGUGGAAAGAAAAUUCUCUUUGUUGUUU